AUCGAAAUCAGGCGGCAAUGACUGUACUGAAUGGACACGUCGUUGUAUGUUUGUUUGCCGAUCCAGAUUCUCCACUAAUAGGCCUUAGAAACUUAGUUAUGCCACUGAGAGCUAGCAACUUCCAUUACCAUGAGCUUAAACAUGUUGUGAUAGUAGGUUCAGUCGACUACAUUAGGAGAGAAUGGAAGAUGUUGCAAAAUUUGCCCAAGAUAUCUGUAUUAAAUGGAUCUCCCUUAAGUAGAGCAGACCUUCGUGCCGUUAAUGUAAACUUAUGUGAUAUGUGUUGCAUUCUGUCAGCUAAAGUGCCAAGUAACGAUGAUCCUACUCUAGCAGAUAAGGAAGCAAUAUUAGCAUCUCUUAACAUUAAAGCAAUGACUUUUGAUGAUACGAUAGGUGUACUGAGCCAGACGAAUGGUACUAAUGAGGCGGGUACGCCUGUUGGUAGUCCUAUUAUUCUUCAACGUAGAGGAUCAGUAUAUGGAGCCAAUGUUCCUAUGAUAACAGGUAAUUGUGUUCUAUAUUCCUAA